AUGGGUCCCAAGCCCGUGCCCGUUCCUGCCACCCCCAGCGACGACCCAGCAGCUGCAGAGGAGAAGGAGGUGCACGAAGUGUACGAGGCCAUCGCGCCGCAUUUUGCUCGUACGCGCUUCAAGCCAUGGCCCCUCAUCGAACGCUUCCUCGCCACCCUCCCCGCAGGCGCGUUGGGCCUGGACGCCGGCGCCGGUAAUGGAAAAUACCUCCCCGCCGCCGCCGCCGCGGGCGCAUGGGCGAUCGCGCUGGACCGCUCCAAGGGGCUGCUGGACAUUGCGCGCGGCCAGCUGGCCAACACGGCCGAGUGCGUGCGCGGCGACCUGUGUGAUGUUCCUUGGCGCAGCGGGCUGUUUGACUUUGCCAUCUCGGUCGCGGCUAUCCACCACCUCUCGACGCCUGACCGGCGCGCCGACGGCGUCCGCGCGCUUCUCCGCCCGCUCCGCCUCGCGCCCGGCGAGCCCUCCAGGUUCUUCAUCUACGUCUGGGCAUACGAGCAGGGCCCGCUCAGCCGGCGCAAGAUGGGUUCGCUCGCGGACGCGAAUGCUGCUGCUGCUGCCGCCGCUGCCGCUGGCCAAGGGGAAGGCGGAGGCGGGGGUGGAAGCGGGGGCUCGAGCGAGGCCGUGGCGCCGGUGGACAAGGUGCAGGACGUCAUGGUGCCGUGGAUCCUGGCGCCGCAGGCUCCCAAGGCGAGUAAACCCAAAGAGCCAAGGGCGUCGAGGAAGACAAGAGUGAAGGGGACACGGCACCCCCACGCACAAGCGCAAGAACAGCAGGAGCGGCAGGAGGCGGAGCAGCAGGAGCAGCAGCCCGACUCCGAGCCCAUACCCGCUACCACCGCGCCCGCGCCCGAGCCCGAGCCAGAACCCCAAGUGUUCAACCGGUACUACCACCUGUUUGUGGAGGGCGAGCUGCGCGCGCUCGUCGAGCGCGCCGCGUUGCAAGACGGGUUUGUCCUGCGCGCCACGGGAGACGACGACGAUAUCACGCCGUCGCCACAAGAGGGGCACAAGUGGUUGCGAGUCGUGGCGGAGGGCUGGGAGGCGGAUAACUGGUGGAUCGAGGGCGAGGUCGGGGUGUAG